AUGGACGCUGCAUUGCACACAGUGGCGCCAAAAGCACCACCUCCCUCGCAGCAGCAACAGCGUCAAAGUUAUGCGACAUUUGGGCGUCUUCUUCGUAGCAUGCAGGAGGCACCGGCGCGGAGCCGGGUCUGUGGCGCAGCAGAGGCAGCUAUUCCUGUCGAUGAACCAUUGGCCACGAAUAGCGCACUGUUGGAGCAGCUUGGUGUCAUGGACCUUUCUGAGCGGCGUACGCAUGCAUUUGCCGCGUUCACAGCCCCCACAGAAAACACAAAGGCAAUAAACACGGCGUUGGCGACCAGGAUUACUGAAGCGUGCAGGGUUGGGGUCGCCUGUCAUCUGCCUCCCACCGUCAUCCUUCGAAAGAUUGCUUCAGCUAUGGCGAAGGCGGAAGGCAAUACCGAGGAGAUACCUCCCGUGGCAGCUGCUAUACUGCUUCGUAGCGCUGCUGAACGCAUCACUUCCAGGUCUGCCGUCUUGCAGCGCCGCAAGAAUGGCUGCGAUGCCGUUCCGCCACGGCAGGAUGCUGAGGCGUGGCCUCGGAGUGACCAGGGCGAGGUGGCGCGCCUCCAAUGGGCCCUCUACGAGGAGAUACGUCGAGGCUACGAGGUCCUCACGAGGCUCCCACAGGGUUGCCAAGAAGUUGCAGACACUCAAACUGGAGAACAACACGAGAAUGGGAGAAUGCAAGGUGCAGUAAAGUGGCAGACGGGAUACGUGGAUGAGCUUCGUGCGAGGCUUGAGCUUGCCGUUGCCCUGCAGGAUGGCGCUGUCGCCGUCGAUCUUGCAGAAAGGCUUUUCGCCGCCUAUGACAUGGCACAACAUCGUGGUGUAUGCGAGGAAGAGCAUGAAAAGCUUCGCACGUACCUGCUACGUGAUGUUUGUGCAGCUAUUUCUGCGUUUCAUGCGGGCCGUAACUUUACGGCAGGGUGUGGACUCUAUGAAAAGGUUAUUUCCAUGCUUCCUGUGGCUGUAGAAACCGCUAGCAUUGCUGCAGGUAACAGCAUAGGCCUCGACACGGAUAACGGCAGACGUAGCGAGGCCACGGAGAUGGAGCUUGCUGAGCGGCUGCGGCUGCUCAGCGCUCUUGCGAAUUGCGUGGACGCGAAUGCUGCCCAUUUCACAUACGUGCGAGAUGCCGUUGUAAAACUUUUUGCGAAUACUGACGUGGGGUAUUUGCCUGCCACACGGCAAACCUCACGGGAGUGCCUGUGUGCUGCUCUUCAUGCACUGUCGCGCAUCGUACUCGAGCCACGUGUAAGGAUGGGCGAGGCUCAAUCCUUGUUUUGUGCCAUACAGCAAAACUCACACGCCGACGUUUCUCUCGCCUCCGAAGUCACGGAGGCGUUGCUGCAGGUCUCAAGCGCCGCUCUUGACAACAGUGUGGCAUUGAUGCUAUACAAUCAAUUGGCGGCUCCUCAAACGCAUCGUGCGGAGCUUCCGGCAAACGCUAUGGCUGUUCUUGUGGCCGAGGAGGACGCACUUGAUGGCUUUGCACGCUUUUUGAGUUUUGUGGGUCUGCGUCGGCGGGUUAUGGCUUCCUCCGCUGCACACCUUCUCGCGGCGAAGCUGCUGCUGCAGCGCAAACCCUCCGAGGUGGUGUACACCGUUUUAGAUCUUAUUCACGCAAGACACGAGGUGGAGCCGCAGCGAACGUUCUUCCUUCGUCUCCUGGCAUUUUACCGUGAUCUGCAGCAGCGGAUGCCUAGUGAUGAACCCGCUGCACCUGCGCCGCACCUGCACUCGUACACCCAACGUAUUCUUGCGGACUGGCGGGAGGCGCUGUGUCGCACCGGUGUGAGGACACUCGCUUUUACCACACUUCGGCUUCUCCAACACAUUCGUCGGCAUCUUGUGAAGCUGAUGACAUUGCAGAAGGACUCCGCUGAACGAAAGGAGGAGGAGGCAAUCGCGUCGCUACUGGCGUUUAUUGAAAGCACCUUGCUGGAAUUUUCGCUGGGCUGGCUGAAUCACUGUGCCACAGCGUCCCGUACGCCACGGUACCACCUAACAGUCGCCCAGCUGCGUCGCUGGGGCGUGGGGCAAACGAAUCAACCGACUGAGGCGAGUCAUACCGGCGUCAUUGUAAAAAGAUUACGAUAUGCUGUGACGCCCCCAGAGACCGUUAUAGCAAAUUCUGUGAGGGAGCGCCGGGUGCUGGUACGAAAGGCGUGGGAGGCGUUAUGCUCGGCGGAUGAAGAGGGACGUAAAGCCGUGUUGGGAUUCAGCGAUUUUGUCCGCCUCUGCUGGCUUGAAGAUGGAAGCCUCUUCGGCAGCAACGCGGUCACCACUACCCCUGGUGCUGCCGCGUGUGUGGAAGAGCGUUACUUUAGCCUGGACGCACUUAACAGUCGUGCGCCGCUGGUAUACGUCACCGAUGCGCUUGGUGAGACAAUUUUACACGACGACCCUCAAGCAUCGUCCUCGUCCGCUGUGGUUCAUCGUGAUGUUUGCAUUAACGUUGCACAUUGUGAGCCUUUGCGAAGCCAGUACGGCCGCUCUACGGAGGAGGAAUGGCUUGCGCAAUGGCUUGAAGAGGCGUGCGCCGUGGUGCCAGUGGGGCGUGGCGUCUUUGAAGAUCAGCUGGAGCGUCUGCUGCGUAUAACAACACUCAUGGAGGGGAAGCAGGGCGCGGAGGACGGCAGCAGGAAAACAUCGGUCCUGCAAUGUUUUGUCUCUGUCGCCUGA